CGGAGGUGGAGCGCGAGAGAUAGAUUUGAUCUCUCCACUUCUUUUUAUCUUUUGUUGGGGGACACACAGCGACCAGGGUGUGCCCCGCGAGGGAGGCAGCAUUUUCCCCCCAGAUUCCAUACCAUGGGCGAGAGAAUUAGGGCACUUUUCCACUCCAUCACUUCUUCUUCCACCACUCUUUGUUGAGUGAGGAAGAAGAGAAGGAGCGCGGCUUUAAAGUUUAUUUGCUCGGGGAGAGCCAGUGCCUCUCUCUGGAGCGUCAGCCAAAGCUACUUAUAAUCGCAGUGAAGGAGGGGAGAAAUCUCUCCCUCUCUCUCUCUCUCUCUCUCUCGCGCGCGCGCGGCGAUCGAUCUGCAAAGAACAGAUGAUAGAUAGAAUGGAAAGAGCUUUAGAUAUGGCGCCUGGAAGAGCCCAGCUUCUUUUUCUUCCGUCUUCCUCUUCUUUGUGGUACCACUGACACAUCGGUCUGGCCUGACUCCACAGUGUUUUUCUCACUCACUUCGAUCGCCGCCCUCUCCAGCGCGCCGUCGCGCGGCGAAUCUAGCCUAGUUGAUCGCUCGAUCGCUCGAUCGAUCAUGAUCGCCGCUGGAACGAUCUCUGGGUGGCUAGGAACAAGGAUCGUGUAAGAUCGAAGAGAAGAGAGUAGCUAGCUAGCUUGGGAGCUCGCUCGCGCGAUAGACAGCAUGGAUUUGAUGGGCAGUAGCACCAACACGACGACGAGCAGCAGCGAGAAAUCCAGCAGCAGUAGCAAAUGUAGACGGCUGGGGGACAUCCUGCCCGCUACACCCACCACGAGCAACAAGACGGCGCGGACGAGCAGCGAUUCCGCCAAGCAGUCUAGCAGAUCGGGCGGAUCGUCGCCCGGCCACCACGGCCAGCAACAGCACCAGCACCAGCACCAGCGGCAGCGCUCCUGCGGCUCGCCCACCGAUUCCUCCACCGCCGCCACCGCCGCCACAGAGGAUCACUUACUACACACGAGCGGAUCCAUCUCCUCUCCACCGAAUUCGUUCGCCAAUUCCUCCUCGUCCUCCCAGCACUCUGGGAUGAUCCUCAUGCCUCCUCCGACCAUGGCCGGUGCUGGACCGUCCGCAGUUAGCGCAUCGUCUUACGGAACUAUGGGAGGAGCUAUGGCAAUGCCGGGGAUGGGAGGAGGAGGAGGAGCGAUGAAUCUCGCGAGAUCACCGAUGCUCUUCCAGCAGCAGCCAGCGAUGAAGCAAUCCAUGGGAUUCCAGCAGCAGCUGGCGAUGGGGAGCGCGAGCAGCCUGCUGGGCCUCCACGAAGCUUUCAUGGCGUCGCGCUAUCCCUUCACGUCCCUCCAGUGGGCGGAGCUGGAGCACCAGGCGCUGGUUUUCAAGUACAUCCUGGCGCGCGCGCCCGUGCCGCCCGAGCUCAUCGCUCCAAUCCGCUCCACCUCCUUCUCCUCCAUUCUAGGUGGAGGAGGAUCGUGGCCCUGUACGAUCCCAUCGUCGGCCAACGCUGGCAGUGGGCAUGGGGUACACACGAAUCACCUCGACGCGGAGCCAGGACGGUGCCGGCGUACCGACGGCAAGAAAUGGCGGUGUGCACGGCCCAUCGUCCCGGAUCAAAAGUACUGCGAGCGGCACAUCAAUCGUGGCAGGCACAAGAAGAAAUCUUCCGCUGCUACGGCGGCGGCGGUAGCUGCGGCGGCGGCCGCCACCACUGGCGGGGGAGGAAUGGGAAGAGUCUCGUCCACCACCAGCACUAGCACAAGCACUAGCAGCACGAGUGGUAUCAUCGCGUCUAGCCAUGGUGGCGAGCACCAUCCGGGCGAGCUCUCCACCGCGUUUGAGAUCUCGAAUGCGUCCUCGUCUAUGUUCCACCACCAUCGGUCAUCGUCUCUCGCGGAUGGUAGCGUGAACUUGGCGAUCCAUCACCAGCAGCAGCAGCAGCAGCAGCAGCAGCAGCAGCAGCAUCAACACUCGCAGCAGCAGCACCAAGCUUUGAUGAUGAUGAUGCGAGGUGGUGGUGGUGGCGGUGGCGGUGGCGGUGGCUCUAACACCACCGGCAUUGUUCCAAGCUCUUGCGGAGCUGGAGGAGGAUCUCCCGGAGUUUCGUCCCACUCGAAUCAUCCACACCAGCAGAGCUCCGUCCCGUUGCAAUCGAGCUACUUCAGCGCUGGAGCUGGACCCCUCUCCAUGAAAGACAGGUUUUUGAAUGGUAUAAGUAAAGCAACGUCGUUUGAUUUGCGUCCCGAGCAGCUGCUUCUUUCGGAGGUUCCUGGAGGCUCAGCAGCAGCUCUAGCAGCACCCGGAUCCGGGAUCUCAGCAAACCAAUCCAAUUUUCCAGGAGCAGCAGCACGAGGAGGAGUCAAUCCAACCUCAGCAGCAGCGCCACCACCAUUCUUCCAGCUCCCAAAGUCAAACGCGAGCAGCACCAGCAAUAGCGCCAGCAGCAACCCGGACUCGCCAUACUUUUCAUACUCGAAGCUCUUCCACAACGCGAGCGACGAGUCGCAGCACUGCCUGAGCAGCCUACUCGCGUCGCCUCCGCAGCACCAGCACAACCAGCAGCUGAAUUACUACGCGAGCGAUCCAUCCGUGGCCGAGAAGAUCAAACCGGACACCUCCCACGCGCUGCGUCCGCUCUUCAACGAAUGGCCGCGCUCCAGGGACGCUUCCACCAUGACGUCGUGGUCGGACUCCGACGAUCGAAAGCCAUGCCAGCAGCAGCUCCACAAGCUCAAGCUCGGCGGCGGCGGGACGCAUCUCUCCAUCUCGAUUCCAAGCACGGCCUCUGGAGGAUCGCAUGAAGAUGGCGGUGGGAACGAUAGCAUGGUAAAGCUUUGCAUGGGGAGUAGCGUCGAGGAGCUGACGGACUCGGCCACCAAUGGUGGUGGCGGGGGCGGAGGUGGUAGCAGUGGCGGCGGUUUGAUCAAGCCGGGUGGCGGAGUGGUGGAGCUGGGAUGGUUCUCGGCGGCGCGAGCUUCCGUGGGAGGUCCGCUGGCGGAGGCUUUCAAUGCGAGCGAGGUGAAGUCGUCGGGCUUGACCUUCCUUGGAGGGUCGGCGAGAGAUCUUCGGCAGCUCCAGGUGGUGUCGCCCACGGGUGUGCUGCAGCGAUCCGGGCUUGGAUCGUUUUCCGAGUCGAGCAGCAGCGCGAGUAGCCCCGGAUCGAUCAAAGUGGAGCAGCUGCAUUGACAACAACGUGAGAGAUGGCAGGCUCUGCGAGUGAGAAAAAGAGCUCCCUCCCCAAGUGUUCAAAGAUACUUAAAGAGUGGAUUUUUUUUGUUU